UCAGUAGUCAGUUCAGCUUCUUAGAGCUCAAGCGUGCGACACGUGUUACUGAAAUUACAGUGACCAUCGGGGCUAAUCCACCAUUAACCAUCACUGCAAUCUGCAGACUGCUAAUUGAUAAUGCUUCUUCCUCUGCAAUCGCUACAUUGUAUCGAUUAAAUUUAGAUUUGUCCCGCGAUUCAUCAAUGCUCUGCUCUAUUUCCUCCGCCACCAAGUCCGGCGGUUCAAAUUGGCUCGACCGUCUCCGGUCGAAUAAGGGAUUCCCCGCCGGAGACAGCCUCGGCCUCGACCAUUUCCUCACCAACAAUUAUUCUAACCCUAACACCUCCCUUUCUCCCACCAUUCCCACCAAUGCCUCCGAUUCUGCUGCUCCUACCCCUGAGUUGACUAACUCGAUCACCGAUCCAAACCUACCUCUCAAUCGGGCGGAGAUUUCCACUCGACCGACUCAUAAACCUAAAGACGGAGAAUGGCUCGGUGUAAUGAGCAAUGUCCUGUCGGAGCUCUUCAUCAUGGGUGGAUCUAAUCGCGCCUCAACAUUCAAAAAGUCUUCCAGGAAACAAACUAACCCUAAAUUCUGCGUUGUCCCGCCUCCUCCCGACUCGCCUCCCAAAGGUUCCAGUAUUGUACGAGAAGACGAGAGUGCUCAGCCGGCUACGGCGUCGUAUAAUUCGGACAAUAACAGAGCUCGGGGAACCAAGAACACGACUCGAGACGGUAACCUUGGUGAGUGCGAGGUGGAUGUGGAGGAGGAGAAAGAGAAGGGGGAGAAAGAGCUGGUAGGUUACUCGAGGAGCGAAGUGACGGUUAUAGACACGAGCUGUGCAGUGUGGAAGUCUGAUAAGUUGGUGUACAGGCGGAAGAAUGUGUGGAAAGUGAGGGAUAAAAAGGGUAAGUCUCGCGUUUUCGGGAGGAAGAAGAAGAGGAAGGAUAAUACGAUGCCGGAGGAUAAUGUUGGCGGCAGCAAAAAGGCAAAACUCUCCACGCCGGAAUUGGAGUCACAUUCCCGGAAAGCCGAUGAAGCAAAGGAGUCUUUCUCGCCUUCCAGUCAACUUCAUUUUCAUGUACAGAAUCCUCAUAAGGGAAGGGAAGAAAUUACUAAAAGGACACCUAGUGAUCUUAGCCAAGUUGCUAAAAGGAGGUUAUCGAGGAAGUCAAGAAAGGAAGGCUCAUCGGUUAUGCUUGUGAAAGGCAUUGGUAUAAGCAAGACAGGUGGAGCAAACCUUAGGAAAAAUAGUCCUAUUGGUUCCCAGGGGCAGGAAAAGCCCUGAUACAUCAUCACUUGGAAGUAAUGAUUUGGAAGAAGUAAGAUAUCAGUUAUUAUCAUUUUGGAUUUGCAGUAUCUGUCACUUCCUUCUUAAUUCUUCCAUGGGCAAA